AUGUCGAAAAAGGGAAGCGACACGCCUUCUUCCAUUCGUAUCCGGGAGAAUCAGCGGCGCUCGCGUAAUCAGCGGAAAGAGCUCAUCCAGGACUUGCAGCGACGCGUGCAGGAAUAUGAAGCCAAAGGCAUCGCCGCUACCCAAGAGAUGCAACGCGCAGCCCGCAAGGUUGCAGAGGAGAACGCACGUCUAAAGAGCUUGCUGGCCAGCCGUGGUGUGUCGCGCGAGGAGGUGGACGCGUAUCUACGAUCCUUUGAUGCGCCAAGCGCACCAAGUCCCUCAGCUGCCGCGCUGUAUGCUCAACCAGCGAUGCGACCUCAGGUCUCACUUACUCCCGCGCAAAGUCCUGUCGGAUACGCGACGUAUCCUGUCUCUCAGCCUGUUGUACGGUCUCCGGCGCAAGUUCCUGAGCCAGCCCCUGCACAGACCCCAAUCCAGCAGCGGCCGCACCCACCAACUCAACAUUAUGCACAGUCUUUCCCAGACACCCACCGCGUUCGUCAGUCAGUGGUAGGAGCCAUUCAAGACGCAGCUAGCGUGCCUGAGAGAGCAAACAUCACGACUAAUUUGCCGUCUACUGCUGCGCAUGAGCCUGUUGCAAUGGUAGACCAGGAGAAGUCAUCUUGCUGUAAACCACCCGAGACACAAAGAGCCUUCGAUUCUCGGAUAACAGAAAGCUCAAUGACCGAUCAAAGCGAAGCCUCAUCCCGCAGCGUCGCAGAAGACGACGAUUGUCCUAACACGACGAGUUGUUUUUGUCCACCCACAUCUGCGCCUCAAGGGAAGUCGCUCGACAAUGGUUUGUUGAUAUCAUGCGAGACCGCUGCCACCAUCAUAUCAGAGAUGCGUGGCGACGGUGAUAGACAUCGGAUACGGGCCAGUCUAGGCUGUCAGGGAGACCAAGAAUGUAGUGUCAAGAAUACGCUUGUUCUGGAGCUCAUGGAUGAGAGAUAG